GACUGCGCCUUUAAGAGCCGCUCCACUGGUGACGCGCCGAGGCCGGUGGGCAGGAAGAGUGCGCGCGCGUGUGCGCGAUAGAGAGGCGCGUUGAUCGCUCCCGGAGCGCAGACACGGCACACGGUCCGGUGGAAUGCGCUUCUAAUGCUGGGCCACGGUCGGAAGCAAGACCAUCCCCACCGCAGAACACUCACCGAACGGCAGCAGCGGCCGCGCCCGAUCCCGGAGACCGGCGGCGAGCGGAAGAACGGAGGACUGAAAACAGCAGGGCGGCUCGACGCGGGUGCACGAAGAGCGACAGAGCGCGCGCGCGAGAGAGAGAGGGAGUGGGAGUGAGAGAGAGACACUGCCCGUCCGUUCAGAGCCAUGAGAGAAUACAAAGUGGUCGUGUUGGGAUCCGGUGGCGUGGGAAAAUCGGCCCUGACCGUGCAGUUCGUCACCGGAUCCUUCAUCGAGAAGUACGACCCGACGAUAGAGGACUUCUACCGCAAGGAGAUCGAGGUGGACUCGUCGCCGUCGGUGCUGGAGAUCCUGGACACGGCGGGCACCGAGCAGUUCGCCUCUAUGCGCGAUCUGUACAUCAAGAACGGCCAGGGCUUCAUCCUCGUGUACAGUCUGGUCAACCAGCAGAGCUUCCAGGACAUCAAGCCCAUGCGCGACCAGAUCAUCCGCGUCAAGCGCUACGAGCGCGUGCCCAUGAUCCUGGUGGGCAACAAGGUGGAUCUGGAGGGCGAGAGGGAGGUGUCUUCCGGGGAGGGCAAGGCGCUGGCGGACGACUGGAACUGUCCGUUCAUGGAGACCUCGGCCAAAAACAAAGGCUCCGUGGACGAGCUGUUCGCGGAGAUCGUGCGGCAGAUGAACUACGCGUCGGCGCCGAGCGGAGAUGACCAGUGCUGCGCGUCCUGCGCGAUCCUCUGAGAACCGCGCGCGACGUCUGGGUUCUCCUGCGCGUUUGUUGCCAUGGUGUGUUGCAGGAAUCUUCAGGAAUCGCAGCACACCAUUGAUGUCAACACAAGUGUCUUGCACUCGCAACUGGAACUUAAACCCCAAAAACGUGGAAAACUGAGACAUGCGGAGGGAGGGAGGGAGGAGGUUAAAGCGGCUUGGAAACCCUUGUUGUGAAUCAUUCAAAGUAUUGCUUUCCGUUCUUCGGCGGGUGACGUCACAGUUGAAUCCACUCCCCUCUGAGCGCACGGGGACUUCACUGUUUUGACGCGAGGACGUCGGAGGUUACGCGUCGAGUGCCUUCCAAAAAGAGUUCAGUGCCAACCUGCAAGGAGUCUGGGUUCAUGGCGAUCCACACAGUACUUAACUGUUACACUCGCUAAUCGUUUCGGGGUGAACGGCGAUUAAAAGGCCUAUUGUUUCUUUGUUUAGAGUGAAAAUCUCUUUGGCUUUCUUUUCUCCAAUACAGGUACUGACGCCCCCGAACCAUCAGAUCUUUUGUUAUUUUGUUUUUAACAAAUGUGAUGUACCAUUGAAAUUCUAAUCCGAUUGUACGUGUAAUUCCAGACUAGCAUUUUAACCGCUGUCUGAUUGUUUGAAAGAGACUUUUAAUACAUGCAUUUCUAAAAAAAAAAGUGUUUGU